UAGAAAGAAGAAAAUAUAGAAGAAAAACUUGAUACUUCACGCCGCAAAAAAAGAAAGAAGAGAAGUAAAAGAAUAAGAAUGUCUCUCUUUCCUGCUUAUUCGAACGAUAAAACUGAAUCAGCAAAUUGCGACGAUAUAGAUAAUAUUUCCUCCAAGUGGUUAUCAAAUUCAAGCUUCCAAACGCAAGUCCCUAAAAGGGAGCCUCCUGAUCCGUACUCCUCGUCGGAUGAGUCUUUACAUGAAUCUUCGCUUAAUGCGGAAAAACAAGUAAUACCCGAAACAAUUCCUCGGGAUACGAAGGUACAUGCAAGACAGAAAGCUGACAAAGAGCAAAAAGUGGAAAAGAAAAGACGUACACACGACAGUAAACGAUAUAAGCCAGAGCAUGAGCUGGAUGUCAAGAAUAUAUACUUUGAAGAUAGACGUAGAGAUAAGGGGAACAAUAACAUAAAUACGUUUUGCCCCAGAGCAAGGCCAUAUUACGAUGUUAGUGAAAAAUAUCUCGGUUACGUUAAGCGUAAACAAGCAAAAAAAGAUCCAUUUCACAGAUAUUACGUCAAAAAUAUUGAUUCUGUAGAAACAGCGAAGAAGAAGGAUACAGUUAUCAAGAAGACAAAUGAGAAGGAGACUUCGAUGAUACAAGACGAGGAAGCAAGUGUAUCUUCUUGGUGCAAGAACUUGGAAGAGGAACAAAAAUCUAAAACUCGAGAAUAUAAUGAACAACUAACAGAAAACCCACAUAAUAUUGAACUUUGGCUGCAAUACGUCAACUUUCAGGAUACUCUGGCCUAUUAUCAAAGACACCAAUUAGCUAAAGAUGUGCAUCAAUCUACAGUAUUGAAAAAGUUGUCGAUUGUUGAAAAAGCACUUGAGAAAAAUACAGAUUCUAAGGAAUUAUUAAAAUUAAAGCUACGUUUUAUGACAGAAUUAACACCAUCUGAUGAAUUAUCGAAUCAAUUGGAAGCAUUAGUUAAUAAAGAUUCAGGAAAUAUUAUAUUAUGGCAGCAUUUUAUCAUGGUCACUCAAGGUUCGGUGGCGAUGUGUACCGUACCAAGAGUGUUGGAUUUGUAUUCAAAGUGUUUCUGCGUUCUCAGACAGCGCGCCAGAACAAAUCCUUCUGUCUACGAUACACAGUUGCUGUAUAUGCUGUAUCAAUGUUUAACUUUCCUGAGGCAUACAGGAUUAUGGGAACAAAUGUGGGAAACAAUACGUUUAAAUCUGAAUUUGAAUCUGAAUUUGAACAGAACUAGUUUAUCCUUUCGAGGAUCUAUAGAUGAAAAAAAAUUAAUUGGAAUGGAAGAAAUGAUAUUAAUGUCGCGAUUACCACUAAAUCAACUAUGGCAAAGAACAGAGUCACUGAGAGAGAAUUGUCAUUGGAUUAGCGUUAGUAGAGACGAAUUGGAAUUGGUUGGAGAUUCUAGAAGAUUUAUUUUGCCAGAAGACGUAGCGGAUUUUAUACACCCAAUUCUUUCUCGUAAUUCAAACUUUCAAAUGGCCAUUUAUUCUCUUUUGUGCUUAAAAGUACCACUUCUGCCUUGUCGAGACUGCUACAUGAAAGAAUUAUCAUUGGAAAACUUUCAUUGGGGAAUAGAAUCUUUAGAAGUGCUGCUUCCAUUCAUGUACCCUAUGGUAGGUGAAAUGGCUGGUCAUGACCAAAGGAAGGAAUUAUUGAAGGAUGUUCUCGAAGGACGUUUAACGUCAGGUCCUCAAUAUCUCAAGUUCCAUCCGGCGCAGGAACCAUACUUAGAUUUUGUACGCAAGAUAUUUCAUACAAUCGCGGAAAGUCUGUCUUCGCUUCAACGGACAAGUAUAUAUGUCUGGUGGUUGCGAUUAGAAAGACUAUUGGUUUCUCUCAGCAAAGACGAGCCUUUAAAGCAUGAUAACAAAGGAAAGAAAUUAAGGGCAACAUUGAAGGAAUUUUUGAAAAAGAAUGAAAAUAGAAAUAACUUGUAUUUCUAUAAGGAAUAUGCCCUAAUAGAAUUGGAGAUGGGCAGAUUCAGUAACUGCAUGAACAUUCUUGAGACUGCCAUUCAGUCUCAAGGAACAUGUCCAUCUGCGAUUACUGAUAUGUGUGAAAGGGCAGCGCUUUUUAACGUAUAUAGAACGUUGAUCGAAACCUUGCUUGAUAUUAGAACAUAUAACGAGUCGCACAGACAAUGGAUACUAAAAGUCUUUGGUCAAAUGGUAUCUAGCAAAAACGAAAAUCAAGAAUCACUGAUUGAAGAGUAUUUACAUUCGUGUGUACAAGAUUUUCUGCAAGUCCCUUCUAAUGAGAAGGAAAAGGAUACCUUUUUUCUGUCGAACUUAGAAUGCGACGCGAUUGUAUGCUAUGCAUAUUUCCUGUAUAUUAAAGAUGACGAUAUUCAAACUGUUGUCAACAUAUUGAAGAGUUGUAUUGAUCACUCCAAAGAUUAUCCUUACUUGCAGGAAAUGUUGUACGAAAGUCAAAUUGCAAUCCUGCAAUUGCAUCAUGAACGGACUCAGAGUAUGCAGACUGUGUUAAAAGAAACUCUAAGCAAAACUUUAAAUAGAUAUCCGAAUAACUUUUAUGCUUUAUCUGUAUUUGCUGGCAUAGAGAGUGAAUUGCCGACCUGGAGAUUCAAUAGUAGAAGCACUGAAAUUGAACUGUGGCGUGCUAUAGCGAUGUGCUUGGCAGUUCGUAGACGUAUUGGUCUUCUAAUGAAACUUGAUCAUUCUGACGCAGUGAAUGCUGCACUGAAUAAGCUAUUAUCGUUUCAUCUAACACUUUCCAGGAUACCAUCGACCCAAUGUUGUCCAUUGCUAUGGAGACUGUAUAUGCUCCUUUUGCGCGAACAUAAUUUAUGUGAGAAAAAAGGAGAAGAGAUUUAUCAUGAGAGCGUCACACAGUGUCCAUGGGCAAGAAGCAUUUACAUAGACGCAGCUGAAGUAGCGCCUCAACUUCUCACUCAAAUUCAAGAUGUGAUACGCGAGAAAGAAUUAAGAAUGCACGUCACACCUGAGGAAUUAGAUAUUCUUCGUGGAUAAUUUUCUGACAUUCAUAGAAGAAGAUAUAAAACUGUACGAUAUGUUUCUUAAUUUACGUUUUAUUUUCUAUAGAAGUAUAUCUAAAUAUAAAUUCAUGUUACAUGCAGAUUAAAAAUACUUGAGAAUAGCAAGUAAAUGUAAAUAAGCCAUUUAUUUAUUUUGUAACGUAUGUAAAAUAAGAAAUGUAGUAAAAUAUGUAUGCAAUUUAAUUCAGCCUCAUAUUAUUUAAAAAAGUUCGAGAUAAAAUCCGCAUUAGUAGAAAUAGACAUUAUAGAAAUAAAUUUAAAUUCCUUAAAAUUAUAAAGUAGGUAUAUUAAUUUCUUUUCGUCAUCGAAUCACCCCUCCCGCAUUCCUAUACCUAUCCAUAUCCUUACCUACUCGAUUUUUAUCUAGUUUUUACCCGUUCUUACCUACCUACAUGAAUAAUAUUUCUACCUACCCGUGUCUUUGUCUGGUAUACCUAUAUAGUUACGAUCGCGAUUACCCGAAAUUAGAAAAGUACGCGCGAAUUUGGUUUUAAAUCGGAACUGUUUAGGAGUUUUAUGGGGAAUUUAAUUUACGCGGGGAAUUAAUUCGGAUUUAAUUGAGAUUUAAUUCGAGACGGCAUCUUUCCAUCUCUGAUUAAUCUUAGGCUUACUAUUACAUGUUAUUUUUUACAAAUUGAUUGGUGUACCACCAACCUACCUUGAUCCUAGAAAUGCUCUUUCUGCUGCCGGCUAAUCAUCGCCGGCAAUAAGCGUAAAGAUUUUACGCUUUUGU